UUCCGCAUGUAGUAUCCUCCCACCCCUCGAACCGGAAGCCGCUGCAGCGGGUGACUGUAGUGUCCAAGGAUGGUGGCCUGCGAGGGCCAUUUUAGUCUAGGCGCCGUGCUCGUAGCUUAGAAAUACGUUUACAAAGCUGUAUGCAUAAAAGGUGGAGUUGUGGGUGAGUGUAGAGGCCAGAGGUCAACAUCAGUGUCUUCCUUUAUUACUUUGGAUCUUAAACCUGGAGCUUUCUGAUUCAACUAGACUGCCUGGCCUGGCAGCCUCCCAGAGAACACAAGUGUGACAUCAUGCCAGGCUUUUUAUGCAGGCCUGACAAGAUCAAAGCUGCAGGAGGAUGGACAGUGAGGUACAGCGAGAUGGAAGGAUCUUGGACCUGAUUGAUGAUGCUUGGCGGGAAGAUAAGCUGCCAUACGAGGAUGUCGCCAUUCCACUGAGUGAGCUUCCUGAGCCCGAGCAAGACAACGGCGGCACCACAGAGUCUGUGAAAGAACAGGAGAUGAAGUGGACAGACCUGGCCUUACAGGGCCUCCACGAGAACGUUCCACCCGCUGGAAACUGAUGCCGGACUCCUUCCCAGGGAUGGAGUUUUCAAACAUAUGGGGAUAAAAAUGUUUCCUGUCGCCAAAUGCAGAUCUUUAGUAAUAAAUCAACACUCAAAAGCAUA